AGACGACCACCUAACAACCCUCACAGCCACCUCUACGAUGCCGACUCGCCAACGCAGUGUAUCCAUAUGAGUUGAGCGUCCACUCCUUCAUAUCCAUUCAAAACCUACUCAUUACUGGUUGUCAAUCCUGUGACAGCGGCUGCCGCCGCAUUGCAGUCAUCAUGGCCUUUCCAGCGCCCAUAACUGUUCAGACUAUUACCUCCACCACGACCGAUCUGUUGCCCACAAUGUACACCGCAUUGAAGGCGCCCUUGAAGCGCCUUAUUCGACCGCAGAUUGCUCAACGCGCCGCGGUACAUCAAUCCGCGUCGUCGACACAGACAUCGCCCGGUCCUAAGGCGCACGCAAAUACCCAUAAUGUCGCUCUUCCCGAUUGCCUCCAGUCCCUCUCCUUAGCUGCGUUACGGCCUGGAGUCGGCGCUCUGAAAUCGAUCCCUACGGCCUCUGGAAUGCUCUUUGCUGUACCUCACAGUGGGCUUCGAUCUGCGAAACCGUUCGCCCAGAGUUUGCCUUUCGGCUUGGUGGCGAAUAGACAGUACUCCACGAUAUCGCGCAUGACCCGAUCCUAUAAUCCUCGUCCGUUACCUAAAGUCGGCAAUGUCGGGCUGGCUCUGGCCCAACAGCGAACGAUCUUCGGUGGCCCGUCGCAGAACGUACUUGCUCGGCUGGAAUUGGCCGCUAACAACAACCCUUCUAGUCCCACGGCGCAGGCUGCAUUCUAUUCCGCCCUCCUUCGAGCGAACAUGCCCCAAAUAGUAGUGGACAGGUAUCGUUCCGGAAGAUUUGCUACGGGCGCAGCGGUGGACAACUUCUAUCACAAGGCCCUCGAAAAGGUCGGGCAAUCGGAUCAUGGUGCUGUUUCCCAGGGACAACAUACGCAAGGCUACGCCAACCUGACACCCCAGCAACUACAAGCGGUUGGUCAGGCGGUGGGAACCCACUCAAGUGGCUCCCAGAUUGGAAGAGUCCGGGCGGGGUCCGGGGUAAAGAAUGACCCCCUCUAUGUUGUGGUGGAGGAAUCCAUGUGGAGCACCUUCUUCAAAUGGUUCCGAUGGCUCCUUGGUUUCGCUCUUGCCGCUUACGUCGCUCUCGUCUUGAUCACUCUUUUCGUCGAAACCAGUGGUGUUUUGAAAAAGGUUGGUGGCGCCACUUCCGCAGAGGUCCGGCCCGAGUCGCAGAGCACACGCUUCACUGACGUUCACGGCUGUGACGAGGCCAAGGAAGAGCUCAAGGACGUCGUCGAUUUCCUAAAGAACCCCGAAAGGUACAAUAAGCUCGGUGGAAGGCUUCCAAAGGGCGUCCUGCUCGUGGGUCCCCCUGGAACCGGUAAGACUCUACUUGCGCGUGCUGUGGCAGGCGAGGCUGGCGUCCCCUUCUUCUACAUGUCUGGGUCCGAAUUCGACGAGGUCUACGUUGGCGUUGGCGCUAAGCGCGUGCGUGAAUUGUUCAGCGCUGCGCGUGCCAAGGCUCCUGCGAUCGUCUUCAUCGAUGAACUUGACGCUGUUGGCGGGAAGAGAAAGUCACGAGAUGCGAACUAUCACCGCCAGACCCUGAACCAGCUGCUUAACGAUUUGGAUGGCUUCGACCAGUCGACUGGCGUCAUCUUCAUUGCUGCUACCAAUCACCCCGAACUCUUGGAUAAGGCACUGCUUCGACCGGGCCGUUUCGACCGUCACAUCCAGGUUGCGUUGCCCGACGUGCAAGGGCGGUUGGCCAUUCUCAAGCACCACACACGCAAGAUCCGUCUCGGUCCUAAUGUGGACCUCACCAACAUUGCACGCGGCACGCCUGGAUUCUCUGGUGCGGAAUUGGAGAACCUGGCGAACACUGCCGCUAUUCGCGCUGCCAAGAACCUCAGCAAGUAUGUCAAUGUUGACGACCUUGAGUGGGCCCGGGACAAGAUCAUGAUGGGUGCGGAGCGUAAGAGUCACGCUGUUUCAUUGAAGGACAAGUUGCACACGGCUUACCAUGAGGGCGGCCAUACACUGGUCGGCCUCUACACGAAGGGAUACAACGAAGUGCACAAGGCUACUAUCCUACCCCGCGGAAUGGCUGCUGGUAUCACCUGGUUCCUUCCACGUGAGGAGGCUCACAAGUCCAAAUCUCAGUACCUAGUUGAUCUCCAGGUCAGCUUGGGAGGGAGGUUAGCGGAGGAAAUCGUCUACGGACCCGACAACAUCGGCGAUGGUGCGUCAAGCGACAUUACGAAUGCAACGCGGGUGGCAUAUAACAUGGUCACCUCGUUUGGCUUCUCCGACGUUCUCGGGGAGGUCGACUUCCGGUCCAAUUACGAACAAGUCUCACCCGAGACAAAGCGAAUGAUUGACAAUGAAGUGCGGCGGUUGAUUGACGAGGCACGAAACCAUGCCAAGGAGCUGUUGCUCAGCAAGCGUGAGGAGCUGGAUCGGCUGGCCAAGGCGUUGGUCCAGUAUGAGACGCUGGACAGGGAGGAGAUUCUGAAGGUCAUCAAGGGCGAGUCUCUGCCAGACCGUAUGGUUGCUGCGCCGGAUGUUCAGAUUAAGAUUCCUGAACCCUCGCCGCCUUCAACGCCUCGGAUUCCCAUUAUCCCGCCCGGAGUGGGGGGUAACGGGGAAGAUCCGGAUCCGCCGUCUGCGUCAGGUGUCCCGGCAUGAGCAUUUGGUGUCUUUCAGCAUCGUCUCCAUUUCUCUUUCGCCGUUGGGCGUUCUUAGGGCGGGUGGGCAUAAUCACGCGUUCCCUGUGCAUUACCUCUUCAGCAUGUUGAGGAAAUCCGGACUUGACAGUCACCCUUUCCCCCAUUCCUUGUAAUAGUAGACUGCGUUAUAGCGAAAACGAAGAUUUUGCAUGACGAAAGCAAGCGAAGAUUGAGCAGUAGAGGUACGAGGUGAGAGGUGGAAGCAAGAUACCGAGGAAUGGUGGGGUUGCGGCCCCGCGGCACUGGACCUACGAGUGUAGCAUAGGAGCUUAAACUAGCUUUGUCCUUUCACGCGUAGCAUGGAACGUCAAUG